AUGAGUAAAUCCAAAGUAUCGGCAGAAUGGAAGAAGAGGGUGAAAUCCGAAUACAUGCGUCUCCGGCAAUUAAAGCGCUUCAAAAGGGCGGACGAGGUAAAGGUGGCUUGGGCGCGCAAUUUGCGUAUAAUGUCGGAUGCGGUUGAAAAUCGCGAAAACGAAAGCAAUAAUCGUGACAGGCGCCCUUUCUGGCCUGAGCCAAGGAUCAGCCUUAACCACGAGAGCAUCAUGAAGAAAGCUGAAGUUACAUAUACUGAUGUAUCUGGAGUAGUGACAACACAACAAGUACCCAUUCACAUAAUAAACUCUGUAAAUCCCAUUCCCACUAUGUACACCUGGGCUCCAACCCAGAAGAAUUUCAUGGUAGAAGAUGAGACCGUACUGCAUAAUAUUCCAUACAUGGGAGAUGAGGUACUAGAUCAAGAUGGUACCUUUAUUGAAGAGCUGAUCAAAAACUAUGAUGGAAAAGUUCAUGGUGAUAAAGAAGGUGGCUUCAUAGAUGACCAACUGUUUGUAGAUUUGGUUCACGCUCUUAUGAGCUUCCAGACCAAGGAGGAGGUGGCAGAAGAGAGGCAGCGUCGAGAAUCUCGUAAUUCCAAAGAAGAUAAAGAUAAAGAAACAAAGGAUUCAAAAGACAAAGAAGAAAACAAAGACAAGGAUGGCGAGAAGAAAAUCAUAAAUGAGAAGCAGUUCCCCAUCUUUAUAAUAUUUCAGGCCAUCAGCUCACAGUUUCCUGACAAGGGAACAGCUCAAGAACUUAGAGAGAAAUACAUAGAGCUAACGUCUCGCAGUGACCCCAACGCACUACCGCCAGAGUGCACACCCAACAUAGACGGACCUCUAGCAGAGUGUGUGGCUCGUGAUCAAACGAUGCACUCCUUCCACACGCUCUUCUGUCGUCGAUGUUUCAAAUACGACUGCUUCUUGCACCGUCUCCAAGCCUGCCACCCUCGACCGAACCUGUCGAGGCGUCGGGGACCAGAUUUGAAACCGUUUUCGGAGCCGUGCGGGCCCAAUUGUUACAUGCUUCUGGACGGCAUGCGCGAAAAGCUGGCCCGCGAAAAGGCACUCGGCGAAGCGGGUGAAGUGGAAAUGGAGGACAAGAGCAAAGCCCUGGACUCGCCCAACGACGCCUCCUCGGAGGACAGCAAUGAUUCCAACAGAUUCCUCAAAGGUGGUAAUAGCAACUCGAGCAACAGCAACAGCAAUUGGGCCAAUAAACUUGGAGCUGAGCAAGCAACGGAACCCACUUACAACGCUCUAGGUUUGACCGUGGGCGACAUCGACUCCGAAUGGACAGGCUCAGAUCAAUCGCUGUUCCGGUCUCUACAUAAAGUGUUUGCUGCUAACUACUGUGCGAUCGCUCAGGUCAUGCUGUCCAAAACUUGCCAGCAGGUGUACCGGCACUGGACGCAGUCAGGCGCGGAGGCGUGUGGAGUGGAGGCGGAGCGCACCCCACCCCGCAAGAAGAAGAAGAAGCACCGCCUCUGGUCGGUGCACUGCCGCAAGGUGCAGCUCAAGAAGGAGACGGCUUCGCACCAUGUGUACAACUACGCGCCCUGCGACCACCCAAACCAGCCCUGCGAUAGCCUCUGCCCCUGCGUCCAGUCGCAGAACUUCUGCGAGAAGUUCUGUCAGUGCAGCAGCGAUUGUCAGAACCGCUUCCCUGGUUGCCGUUGUAAAGCCCAGUGCAACACGAAGCAAUGUCCCUGUUACUUGGGCGUUCGCGAAUGCGAUCCGGAUCUGUGCACGGCGUGCGGUGCGGACGCACCCGCCGCUCCCGCUUCCACGUCCGCCUCCGCUGCCGCUUCGCCGCGCCAUCCGAUCUAUUGCAAGAACGUCUCAGUGCAAAGAGGUCUUCACAAGCAUCUGCUCUUGGCUCCGAGCGACGUCGCCGGCUGGGGCAUAUUCCUGAAGGAGGCCGCUCACAAGAACGAAUUCAUAUCGGAGUAUUGUGGCGAGAUCAUUUCGCAGGAUGAGGCGGAUAGGCGAGGCAAGGUGUACGACAAGUACAUGUGCUCCUUCCUCUUCAAUUUAAACAAUGAUUUCGUUGUGGACGCAACGCGCAAAGGCAAUAAGAUUCGUUUCGCAAAUCAUUCGAUCAACCCGAACUGCUACGCAAAGGUAAUGAUGGUGAACGGCGACCACCGCAUUGGGAUAUUUGCGAAGCGGGCCAUUCAGCCCGGAGAGGAACUCUUCUUCGAUUACAGAUAUGGGCCCACAGAACAGUUGAAGUUUGUGGGUAUUGAAAGGGAAAUGGAAUUCUUGUGA